AUGGUAACAAGAGAUAUAGAAACUGAAAGGAAUAUAAUUGUAGAUGAGAGUGACCUUCAAGCAAUUGAUCAACUGAACGAUGAUCAGAGAAAUGCCUAUGAACAGAUUUUAAAUGCUGUUACACGUAAUACCUCAACAUCAUUUUUCGUGGAUGGACCAGGAGGUACGGGGAAAACAUUUCUAUAUCGAGCCCUUCUUGCAAAAAUAAGAUCGGUUGGUGGCAUAGCACUUGCAACUGCAACUUCGGGUAUUGCAGCUUCAAUCUUGCCUGGAGGCCGUACUGCACACUCGCGAUUUAAAAUACCCCUGUAUGAUGAUGAUUCCAAGAGCUGCCAUGUUGGAAAACAAACUACAAUUGCACAGUUGAUUAGAGAUGCAAAGCUUAUUAUCUGGGAUGAGGCAAGUAUGGCAAAACGAAAAUCAAUCGAACGGUUUGAUGAAAUGAUGAGAGAUAUCACUGGUCGCGACCUGUUAUUUGGUGGUAAAACUGUGGUUUUCGAAGGAGAUUUCCGCCAAACAUUACCAGUUGUGACAAAAGGCAAUAAGGAAGAUAUUAUUAGUGCAAGCUUGGUCAUGUCACCUAUAUGGCAACAACUAACAAAGCUAAGGCUAAAGGAAAAUAUGCGAGUUCGUUCGAAUAAGAACUUCAGCAAUUUUCUACUUCGAAUUGGUGAUGGUACAGAAAUAUCAAAUUAUAUGAACGAAAUUAAGAUCCCAGCACCAAUUAAUCUACCUUUUGUACACGAUACUUCAUCAGUGGAAACUUUGGUAAAUAUGGUAUUCCCAGAUAUGGAGACAUUCAACAGUGAUCUAUCGUCAAUUGUUAAUAGAGCUAUCUUGAUGAGGCGGAAUGAUUUUGUGCAUGAAAUCAAUGAUAUGCUAAUCAACAAAUUCCCAAGUCCACAAAAAACAUAUCUAAGUUUUGAUGAAGCUCUUGAUACAUCGCACCAACUGGAGAACCAAGAUUUUCUAAAUACACUUACACCAAAAGGAUUGCCUUCACAUGAAUUAAAAUUGAAGAAGAACUGUCCUGUUAUGUUAAUCCAAAAUAUAAAUCCAACUGAAGAGCUUUCAAAUGGCACACGACUCAUAUGCAAAGAGUUCGAAAAUAAUGUCAUUCAAGCAGAUAUUUCUUUUGCUGCAUAUACAGGUAUCUUAUGUGCCAUCAUCCAUGCCUUACCUUCUCGCACUGUUCCCAGAGGCAACCGUUAUGUUCCAAUUCAGGAAUUUGUUGUUCUUAAUGAAGACUAUAUCUAUUGGGACUCUGGCAACUUCUAUCAUAAUAUUCAAUCUAGAAAUCCCCCAGGCUGCACUAUUGAGGCAAUGAUAUCGACACGGAUUGCUGAAAAUGCUACUUAUAUACGGAAGUUAAUUCAAGAGAAACUCUAUGACAAAGCUCAUGAACAAGUCCAUCCACCAAUUGCAUUGCAGCUACGAGAAAUAUAUACUAUUGACCCUACUGCUCAACAGCUAUGUGAUGAUACCGGUUUGCUAACAGCCACUAUCGAAGAUGACUAUGCUGAAUCAAUUCUUCAGAGAGCAUGA